AAAGUUUAGUUCUAGUGCGUACGCGAGCCCGGCCGGACGUGUUCUGAUUAGUUUUUAAAUUGGCAGGCAUUUUGUGCGAUUCAGUCUGUACGAGUUCAGACAUUGUUAUCAGUCCAAGGAACAGUGUUGCACAAAUCUUCUAAUUUACGAGAAGUGCUCAUAUGUGUUUCAGAUUUUGAACCCAAGUGCAAGGGAGGGAAGUUGUUUGGGUAACUGGGAAGUGCUCAAGUGCGUCUGGUAUCAAUUGAAUUGAAAUUUUGUUCCAGUUUGGUGAUAUUUGCAUAAACCUUUACGUGUGUGGUAGACCUUUCGAAAUAAAAAAAACAACAAACGGUGAACUAAAAGUUUUUCGUUCAAAUAAGAAUCAAUUCCGCCGCUGAAGGGAAGUGGAAGAUCACUAAGACGCGAUAGUUUUUCGCCAGGCAAAAAAGAAAAACGCAUUCGUUUGUUGAGGCCUCAAUCAACUAAACAGUUAACGGUUAAAUAGGGUAAAUAACGACCCAGAAGCUCUGAUGUGUGUUUGAAUUUGAGUGUGCAAAUGUACCGCCCGAUGUUUAACAGAGACCGACUAAUAGUCCAGCAGCUGCAGCAACAAGAUCAUUAAUUAGUCAUCUCCCGAGGAACCCUUCGGAAGUCAGAUAUUGAUUGUGACCUCCAACCAUCACGUGGAAUUUCUGAGCCUUACCUGAACCGAUUGAUGGCCGCCGGUGGGUGAUAAUGAUGAAACACUGCAACAACAACAGCCAGCAGCUUACUUAAAUAGUCGCAGUCUUAGUACCUACCUAAUUGUAAAGUGAUAGCUACUGAUUUGCCAGCCGUCUUUUUUCCUUCUAGUUCUGUUCUGAUGCCAGUUCGAAUAAAUUAGAUUCGGCGCGUGUGAUUUCUGUGAUUGAAGCAAUGGGAUUAGCUUAUAGUUUGAUUUGAUUAGAUUUUCGUGUACAACUGCUGGGCAUUAUUUAGUAUCUUUCGACGUGGAAGCUGUUUGAAUUGUGUACUUUGAGGUGACGUUAUUCUCGGAAGCUCAACUAUGGAUAUCACCUUCGAUAACGUAUACUACACCGUUUCCGUUGGGAAAAAAGACAAAAAAACCGUUCUCAAUGGAGUCUCCGGAAAGUUCAACGGAGGAGAGCUGACGGCCAUAAUGGGUCCAUCGGGUGCUGGGAAAUCCUCGCUGCUGAACAUUCUCACUGGAUAUACAACGACCGGCGUCAAGGGUUCGCUAAAUAUCGGCUCCGGCACCGGAAGUAUAGGUGGCCAGAAGCUGUGCAGCUACAUCCUGCAGGAGGACAACCUACAUCCGUACUUCACCGUUCAGGAGAUCAUGACGAUGGCGUGCGAUUUGAAGAUUUCAUCCGGAUGCUUGAAGCAGGGCGACAAACAGAGGCUGAUCGACAACAUCCUGGAUACUUUGCAUCUCAAGUUCACCAAACUGACACGGUGCGGAAAUCUCUCCGGUGGCCAAAAGAAGCGCCUAUCAAUUGCGCUGGAGCUUAUCGACAAUCCGCCGGUGCUCUUCCUGGACGAACCGACCACAGGCCUGGACAGCUCGUCAUCGCUGUACACCAUCAAACUGCUUCAGGGUCUGGCCAGGGAGGGUCGAACCAUCGUCUGUACCAUCCAUCAACCUUCGGCCACCGUUUACGAGAUGUUUGAUCACGUGUAUGCCCUUGCCGGAGGCCACUGCGUGUACCAGGGAUCGGCCCUGAAUACGGUGCCCUAUUUGAGCAGCGUCGGGCUGCAGUGUCCCCAGUAUCACAAUGCAGCUGAUUAUUUACUUGAAGUGGCGAACAACGAGUACGGAAAUUUCAUCAACGCCCUCUCGAAAGCGGCCAUCGAUUGCCACUGGCGGAAGAUUGAUCCGCUCCCUAGGAUUUUGGCCAGUACCACGGCUCCACACUACCUGCAGUAUGAUCGGAAUCAUAACGAUGGUUCCGCGACGACGGACAUCGGUGGCGGUGGCUGUGAGAUGACACCCGUUUAUCAAACUACUGUGUCCCCCCUCCCACACAAGACUGACCCCGGCAACGACCGGAAGCCAUCCGGGCUAGAUCCGUUGGAGUUCGCGCUUCUGCAGACUAGCCAACCACCACUGAAGCCGGAACAACAACUAAAGCUACGAAGCCCGUCCGAAUUUACCAAACUGUUGAUUCUUAUGAAACGGUGCAACGUGCAGCUGUACCGGGAUUGGACCGUCACCCACCUGAAGCUGUUUUUCCACAUCGUGUGUGCCGUCGUGGUUGGUCUCCUAUUUGGUGAUUCCGGCGUCAACGGAACCAAAAGUGUGUCCAACGUGGCCUCGUUUGUGGUGCACAUUCUCUACCUAUGGUACACGACCCUGAUGCCGGGGGUUUUGAAAUUUCCGUCCGAAAUGAAAAUUCUCAAGAAGGAAUCAUUCAACAAUUGGUACAAAAUCCGCACGUACUUCAUCGCCACCAUGUUGACGGCCCUACCGGUCCAGAUUUUCUUCGCAAUAGUUUACAGCUCGAUAGUGUUCAUGCUAACCCAGCAGCCGCUCGAGUCGGACCGAUUUCUGAUGUUCCUGGCCGUCCUGAUCCUGAACACUAUUGUGGCCGAUGGUUACGGCGUGUUUCUGGGGACUUUCCUUAACCAAAUUAACGGCACCUUCAUCGGAGCCAUCACCACCUGUUACAUGCUGGUGUUUUGCGGUUUCCUGAUUAUGUUCUCGCACAUGUCCGAGGUUAUGAAGGCCUUCAGCUAUCUUUCGACGCUCCGAUACGGGCUGGAGGGACUGGUGCUGGCCAUGUACGACAACGGCCGGACCAAUAUGGUUUGCCCCGAGGACGAGAUGUACUGUCACUACGUCAAAGCGACCACGAUCCUGCGGGACCUCGGAAUGACCCCAGCCAACUACGAGUUCAACGUGAUCAUGCUGGCGAUCCAGUUUGUGGCCAUCAAGAUAGUCGGCUUCUGGUCCCUGAAACGGAAAAUGCGAAGCGGUUAACGAAUCUACAUAAAGACAACUAUUUAUUCCUUAUUCCAUUAGGUGUAUCACACGUCUUAUAGUCGAUAUUUUGAGAUAACUAGAGGAAAUGCAUGUGAAUAGAGUGCCAAAAACUUGCCGUUUGAAAACAGUUUGAAUGUAAGAUGUUUAAAGAUUUUUUUCUACACCCUUUCUCGAACGAAUCAGGUUUUGAUAUGAUUGUUGCAAAUAUUUUGUUUGAUUUAAUCGAUAGACUGCUGGAUAGUACUGUUGAAAUCUUAACAAAAAUAAAAGAAAAUCAAAAUUAAACAAAAAAUCAUAGCAAUACAAGUGAAAAAGCAUUUCCAAAACUGAAACUAGGAACAUAUCGAAAUAUAUCAACAACACAAGCCACAAGUACAAGUAUCAAGGAUCAAUUAGGAAACUACUUAGACUUAGGGGGAUUAUUGCACUUAAUAAAAUGUAAACGAGAACAAAAAGCAUAUAAAAAAAAGUUGAAGCGAACCACCGGAAUGUGAUAAUUUUACAGUUGAAUCAUGUACUUUCAAAUAUAUUUAGCAUUGGAUGUGCAUUUUUGUAA